UACUUCAGUUGUGAAGUUGCUAGAGAGCAACAGAAGUCACAGAAUCUCUCUUUGGAAAUGAAAUGGUUGCCAUGACAAUGCUCCCAGCUGCUUCUUGCCCCAGAUGAGAAAAUCAUUUUUAGACUCCCAUAUUACAAGUUCCAGUCUGUGUUAUAGUUCUGCAUUGCUGCAGGAGGACUGACUCAGAAGAUGCUGCUGAAGAGUUCAGUGGGAUUUGUUCUAUUCUUGCUUUUUCAUUUCCCUGUGUCAGUGAUGACCAAAGAGGCAGUGGUCUUGGCUAAUGCCCACCUUCUCCCUCAAAGAGGCUAUGAGAGACUGGCUAACAUCAAUGAAAAAGACUAUCCAAGGGAUUGUUUUGAGAUUUUUCAGCACUCCAAAGGAAAUUGCAGAGAUGGUCUUUACAUCAUCCAACCAAAGGAAGACCCAAUUGUUGUCUCUUGUAAUAUGCAGGAUGGUGGCUGGACAGUAAUUCAGCACAUUACAGCCAAUAGUACUGUCGACUUUGAUAGGACCUGGCAGGAUUACAAAUAUGGAUUUGGCUCUGUUCAUGACAACCACUGGCUAGGAAAUGAAUAUAUGCAUCAGUUAACAGGAAGCACUGUGCAAUAUAUACUUGGAGUUAAACUUGUAGAUCUAAAUGCUGAAAUCAAAUGGGGACAGUAUGAACCAUUCCUUAUUGAAGAUGAAAAGUCUCAAUACCGAAUUAGGGUUGGCCUAUACAAAGGCAACGCAACUGAUGCUCUGACCCUGGACACAGAAGCUUACCUCCAUGACAACCAGAAGUUCACCACCAAGGACAAAGACAAUGACAAUUACUUUCAGAACUGUGCCAAACUAGAACACAAUGGCAUUCCUGGGGGAGGCUGGUGGUACGACGCAUGUGCUGGCGCGAAUCUAAACCGUAGGAAUGUGAUAUAUUGGCAAAAGGACUGCAACAAGAAACAUUUGUGCAAGUUUGCAUGGAUGAUGGUUAAACCCAUUGACCACAGCCUGUUGUAUGCAACCACGUCUUGUCCAUGUCAGAAGGAAGAACUGUAGGUGAGCCAUAUGUCCUUUGAAAGGAACAUGGAUUCCUUGUCAAGUGACUGAAGUGAGAUCACAUUGAUUGAAAAAGUAAUCAUGACUGGAAAAUUAAUUCGGGACUUUGCAAGGCCUUUAUGACACCAUAUUGUCCAGGAUUGGACCGAAAACAUACAUAUAACUACCAACCACAAAAGUAAUAAUAGAGGUGGCUGACUGAAACUGAGGCCUCUAACAAAAGAUUUAAAUGACCCACUUUAUAGAAUUUUAGCCUUCAAAGGAUUUAGAUAUGAAAUCCAUGAUAUGAUGUUUUGUAGUAGAUAUACAUGCAUUUCAGAAGGUUUUGCUCCAGUAUGAAUGUUCACUGUUAACUGCACAUCUUCGUAAGUCAUGCAGGAAGGAAAUUUCAAUGGAAGUACCUACAUUUGCAAAAUGCAUAUCAAAGAGUAUUGUAUACCAUAGGACAGCAUCAGAUCUUUCCUUUCUACCUUUAAUGAAAAGUAUUUUAAUAUUCGAAAUUGGAGUUAGCCUUAUCUCCAAUGGCUUCUUUUCCUAUUCAUUAACUUUUCUUUUUAUCUCUACUUUUUAAUGCUUCCAUACCCAAUGAAGUAUUUAGCACAGUCUUUUCUUCCUUCUUAUUAGAGCAUCUUGAGCUAAUGGACUCAUCAGCUUUCUUAUUAAAAGCUACUAAUCUAAGGCUUACAACUCCUCUGAAUUUUUCCUCAAGAAACACAGUGAACACUUUAAAAAAAAAAAAAAGAUUAGGUUGAUUUAGCAUUUUUUUAUUUAUUGUUUCAUUUUUUUUCCUCAGUAUUACUGCAUUUUAUUUAUCAUGUUUUGACUGUUGCUUCUUUCUGUUCUAUGAUGGGCUUAAGCUUUUUCUCUUUUUAAUACCACUAUGAGGUAAGAACAGUGUGUUGGCUUUACUUCACAUUUGCUAGCUUCAGUUGU